AUGGGAGUAGUCGACAACCUGGUCAGUACCAACGCUGUUAUGCCUUUCGGCAUGCCAAGGAAGGCCGAUUGUGCCGGUAAGAACAUAAAAUGACAUUUUUUAGGUUUGAAUGUGAACGGUACGGCACGUCAAAGGGUUUGGAUUUUGUAAAAUACGAAAGCGUUUUGUUUUUUCCCUUAUUUUUAUGUUGAAAGCCUUGAUUUAUAUUACUACGUCUUUUGGUCUAUCCUAGUCUUUUCUGGCUUUUAUUGCAAGUUAUCUUCUUCUACAAAUCAUUUUGUGUAUGUUGCUGCACUUGUUGUUGCAAUUUUUAACCUUAUUUGUUCCUUUUUUAAUCAUGUUUGCUAUAUUACACAGUAUAAAUUUUUAUAUGUUAACCCUUGUUGUGUAUGACAGACUAACUUGUUAACCUUCAAGCACAAUAUCUUUUAAAUUUUAAUACUACUUGACCUUAUUAGGUUGUCCAACUAAUUCUGUGCUUUAUCUCCAAAGCACAUCUUCGGGGCACAGAGUUAUUUGAACGACAUGAUAUUAAGGUUUAUAUUGGUUUUGGUAUUGUGUGUUUUGCAUUGGAAAUGGGUGUAAAAGGGCAAUUUUAGAGUUGGGGUGGUUGCUGAAUAGAAAAAAAGAGGAAAGUUGGUCUGCCUUUUUAGAAGGGCUUCAAUUUUUAGUUAUUACGUUAUAAUAGCUGUUAGUUUAGAUUAAAGGAAGAUAUGAUAGUUGUUAACUGAGAUUAAAGGAAUAUAUAAGAGUUGUUAGCUUAGAUUAAUAUCGGAAUUCGGUUAGUUUUUUCCGAAAAAACACCGUUUCAUUAAAAUAUUCUCUUUUUGUUCGUUUUUUGUCGAGAAUAUAUUGUUUUUCCGCAGGCGAAAAACGUGGAAUUUUAACGUGCAUUUACAUUGUUUUAUAGGAAGGUGUGAGGGUUGAUAUGUUUUAAAUGGAGAAGAUACAAGGCUGAUGUUUUAUACGUAGGAGACAUAAACGCAGAUAUGUUUGUAAGGAGAUGAUAAAUGUUGAUAUUGUUAGGGGAGUACGAAGCAGGGUUGUAGGUAGUUGUGAGGGGUGGUAUUUAGGACAAUGCACGGUUAGGUGAAUGCCCGAGGGGGCUGUACUCUGAUAGGUGAUUUUUAAGUGUAUUGUGCUUGAGGGAGUGUAAACGUUUUGUCAGUUUGAAAAUUUAUAAAAAUUUGAAAAAAAGGUUGAAAUUUUUCAAAAUUUUUCGAAUUAAAAAAAUUUUUUAAAAAGUAUUUAAGAAUUGUUUUAAAGUUGAAAUUUUGCUUUUCUGAGUUAAAAUAUUCUUUAUUACUGCUUAAAUUUACUAUUUUUUAUAAUAAUUAAACUAAUUUUAGCCUUGGUAUGUUCUAUCUGUGAUACUUGUUGAAGACAUAUUAUAUUAUUGUAAAUCAAAACCCUGUGACUGUAAUAUCUUUGACUAUUUGUAAAUAAUUGUCUGAAUUUUAAAUUAUUAAAAGCUAAUAUCUAAAAUAUUAUCUUUUUGUGGUCUUUCGUGUUCUAGUAGCUUUAAAAAUUGUAUUUUUGGUCGACUUUGCUGGAUUUUAGGGGAUUUUUUGGUGAUUUCUUGAGUUUUGGGCAAAAUUUAAAAGAGUUUUCUGAUCUUUAGUUAGAAAUUGAAAAGCUAACUGAUUUUUUAGUUAUUAAAUAUAAUUUUAAUUAAUUUUUAGCUAAAAAGUUGAUAAUAAGUUUGAUUUUUAUACAAAAAGCACCUUGUUUUAUAUUGUAGUAGACGUUUCUUUUUGAAGAGUUAUUAAAAUCUACGAUAAAAUAAUUUAUUGUUAUCUUAAAGACGUCUAUUUCAUCUUAAAAGCCUUGAAAAAAAGCUACAACAAGUUUGAUUGCUAAUUCUUAAGUCAAAGUCUGAUACUACAUUCUUUUGUCAGGUAUUCCAUCUAAUAUCCAGUCUAAUCUCAUUUAUUAUGACCAGUGAAACCGAGACCAAACUCAUCUUGCCGCUAGGCAAAGCCAAAGACCGUGAUCCAUGGCACACCUAUCAAGGAGUGAUUGUCAUCAUCCUCACCUGGCUAUACCUCUAUUUCUUUUGUAUAGUCGGUGUAUGGGAUGGAGUGGUCGAAUUCCUAUGGCGUUCUCCGGCCGUUCACGUUCUUACGGAGGUUGUGGUCGAAACCGUGACUCAAAAAAUUGCAGGAUCGACCAGUGGAACCGUCGAGUUUGGCAGUGGGAAGUACUACGCUCUGUGCGGUUUGGGUGGUAUCUUGUCAUGCGGUAUCACACACACAGCAAUCGUACCUUUGGACAUGGUCAAGUGCAGAAUUCAGGUAGGGUGGGGGAGGGUGUGGUAAGGUGGGGUAGAGUAUGGUAGUGUAAAGUAUGGUAGGCUACUGUAAGGUAGAGUAGGAUAGGGUGGGUGCUGUAGAGACGGUUCAAAAGCUUUUGAUCAAAAAUUUUUUUUAUAAAAGCUAGUGCUAUUUCAACUACAAUAACUUUCUCAAAUUUCAGGUAAACCCCGAGAAGUACAAGGGAAUUGUUGGCGGAUUCAGAACCACGAUUGCUGAAGAAGGAGUGCGCGGUUUGGCCAAGGGAUGGGCCCCGACUGCCAUUGGAUACUCACUCCAAGGUUUGGGCAAAUUCGGUUUCUACGAAGUCUUCAAGGUACUCUACUCUGAUGCUAUCGGACCCGUAAGUUUGUUGUUUUUUUGAAAGUUUUUAAUUUUAGGUAAUAUUUGAAAAAUUUUGGGGGGUUUUUUUUGCGAAAAAUGAGAUUUUUAACUUAAAAUUUAAGCUUUUAGGUUUAUUUUAAGCUUUUUGAUUCAAUAUUACUGUACAUUAUAAUAUCAGCAAACUUUCUUAAUUUUUAUCUUUACAGGAACUCAGCUACACCUGGCGUACCUCCCUCUACCUAGCCUCCUCCGCCUCGGCCGAACUCUUCGCCGACAUCCUCCUCGCCCCAAUGGAAGCCACCAAGGUCCGUAUCCAAACCGCCGUUGGAGCUCCACCAACCCUCCGCGGCUGCGUACCAUUCAUUUACAAGAGCGAAGGCCUCAGCGGCUUCUACAAGGGUCUCCCCCCACUCUGGAUGCGUCAAAUCCCAUACACCAUGAUGAAGUUCGCCUGCUUCGAGCGUACCGUCGAACUCCUCUACGCUAACGUUGUGCCGAAACCUCGUGACCAAUGCUCCAAAUCCGAACAACUGGUGGUCACCUUCGUCGCCGGCUACAUCGCCGGUGUCUUCUGUGCCAUCGUAUCUCACCCGGCCGACACCAUCGUCUCAAAACUGAACCAAGACGCCGGAGCUUCGGCCGUCGGCAUCCUGAAGAAGUUGGGCCCACUCGGAGUGUGGGGAGGUCUCUUCCCUCGUAUCAUCAUGAUUGGUACUCUCACCGCAUUGCAAUGGUUCAUCUACGACGCGGUGAAGGUCGCCUUCAAUUUACCCCGCCCACCACCACCUCAAAUGCCGGACUCGUUGAAGAAAGUAGUUCAGUAG